AUUGCCCUCGCACGUUGCUCCUCGGAGUAAAAACCCGAGCUUUGCUCGAAAUCUUUCGAUCGAGACUGCGACAGAUCGCGAGAGAGAGAGAGAGAGAGAGAGAGAGAGAGAGGAUGCACACAUUUGGGUACAGAGCGAACGCUCUGUUGACUCUGGGAGUCACCAUCUUGGCACUGAUGUGCGCCAUGGCUUCUUUCUCCGACAAUUUCAACCUUCCCUCUCCCUCGGCCCGUGUUGAGGUGCUCAAUGUCAAUUGGUUUCAGAAACAACGUAAUGGGAACGAUGAGGUUAGCUUGACAUUGAACAUCUCGGCUGACUUGCAGUCGGCAUUUACGUGGAACACAAAACAGGUAUUUGUCUUCCUAGCAGCUGAGUAUGAAACAACUCAAAAUUCUCUAAAUCAGAUCUCACUUUGGGACGCAAUCAUACCAUCUAAAGAACAUGCGAAGUUCUCUAUUCACACAACCAACAAGUACCGACUUACUGAUCAGGGAAGCAAUUUACGGGGCAAAGAAUUCAACUUGACUUUGCAUUGGCAUGUCAUGCCCAAGACCGGCAAGAUGUUUGCAGACAAGAUAGUCAUGACAGGAUAUCACCUGCCCGAGGAUUACAGAUAAUGCCUCUGAGCCACUAAUAGUGUGUUUUAGUGUUACUGUAGUCCUUUUACUCAGAGGGAUACAAAAGGAUGUCUUGGUUUUUGGUUUUUUGGUGAAGAGUCGAGACUUGCAAUUGAUUGGAUUUUCGUGGACAGACUUGUUUUUCCUAUAUGACAAUUCAAUGGAGAGAUCAAAGAACGAGUCAUGCAAUUUUUGAAACUGUGUGGUCAAUCAAUGUAGCAAAGAAUUUUAUGUCAA